GACUGGCCCACUUAUCAAUCAUUUAAACGCGGAUAUAUUCUGUUCUCAGCAUCAACAUGUCCGGUUGCUGCGUAAACGGUUGUACGAAUCGCUAUUCCACCGGCGGACUAAAGUUUCAUAGGAUUCCUAAAGGCUCGCACCCAUUUCAGAGCAACAGACGGCGGCUGUGGCUGCAGGCGAUUAAACGUGUGGACUGGAAUGAGGACAGAAUCAAAAAUGCUCGUGUCUGUAGCGCCCACUUUAUAUCAGGCGAGAUGUCAUUGGACUCCAGUAGUCCUGAUUUUGUGCCAUCUGUGUUUCCAGACCCAAAACAAAGCCAGAACCCAGGUGGAAAGAUGGACAGAAAACAUAAAAUGGAUGAGGCAAGUAUUAAGCGUCAACGCGAAUGCAAGAGGAAAUGGGCACCGGCAAACUAUGCUCUGAAGAAGAAAAACAAAUGUGAAGUGCUGUCCUUUUCUUCUGACCGUGGUGAAGAUUCCAGUGUUGAGGAUGUACUAGAACAACCACUUUUGGACUCUGGAGAACAACCGUUAAAUGUGAAUACAAGUGAAUUCAGUGGCAUAAACACUAGUAUUGUCAAAAUGGACAAAAAUGACUCCAUUUGCGAUGCUGACUCAGAGGACAAGAAUUCAAGUGUGGAUGUUGAGUUGGAGGACAAUGGUGCAAGCUGGAGUUUGAUAGAUGAACAUGAACACCUCAUAUUAUCAAGUUCUGAAAAUGAAUAUGACGGUGAAGAAAGUGAUGACAUUUCCUUUUCCGAUGGACUGUCAAAAUGGGUCAAUCAAUUUGAUGUGAAACGUAAUGCCGUUGACAGUCUCCUGAAAUACCUGCAAAAGAAAGGUCAUCCUGGGCUGCCUGCUACAGCCCGUACUCUGUUGAAAACCCCCAGAGCCAGGUUUAUCAUUCAUCUCCAAGGUUUGCAUAUUACAUUCAUUAAAAACAAACAGUAA